AUGAGGUUAUACUUGAAGGAAAAUUAAAAAAUUGUUCUAGGUAUUCCAAAUAAUCAGUUAUUUAUCAAGACCAGAUGUAAGCAUUAAUUUACAAUUGCUAGAAAUAGCUAUGCCCUUAACAGAACUUUUGUGA